AUGGAUUUUCAACGCCCUCACAUCUUCGCCAUCGUCGAUACUGACCAGCUUAUCUCCGACGUCAUCAUCUCCUCACUUCACACCAUGUCUGACUUCGACCCCUCCGCUUCGUUGACCUCACUCGCUACCACAAACACCGGAGGUACUGCUACCCCGACUGCUUCAACCGCGCACCUCCUUCCUGCGCAGAGAGACGGCUCCAGUUCAGUCGCUCCCGGCAGCACCGCUUCCUCCUCCCAAACCCUCGCAUCGAGCACGCACCUCACGACCGCUCCCCGGUCUCAAACGUAUCCGUCGAGUUCUAACACGCCUCCCAAAGACUACGAAAAAGCAUUUGCUACCCUGUCGAGUCAAUGGGGGUGGGGAGGCACCGUAUCGGCGAAGAACCCUAAGAGCGAAAAAGGCAAGAAGGAAAAGAAGGACAAGAAGGAAAAGAGGGACAAGAAGGACAAGAAAAAGGACAAGACGUAAUGGCAGACGGCUCAGUCUCCCCACCCGCCAGUAGUGGCAGUACUCUCCUCUUCAACUCCGAGCCAAAGACUAUAGCUGGCGCUCGUUUGGCUAUUCGCGCGAACGGAAGAAGCAGCAGGAGCGUACCAGUGUAUCAGGCCUGGGGCGAUAUGUUAGUGACCGCCAUAUCCUCGGCCUUUGUCUGCGAGUCAUAUAAUCCGGCUCGUCCCGAGGGUAACGAUGUGGCGCCCUCCUUCCCCAUUCUGACUCGGUUGUGUAUAUAUGUGGCGCAAUGUC